AUGGCAUUAAAUCUUUUCGACCAAUUUAUAAGCCCCACCUAUUUAGGUAUUCCGCUCGUAGCGCUAGCAAUUUUCCUCCCAUGACUGCUAUUCCCAACGCCUUCUUCUCGGUGACUUAACAACCGGCUCCUUACACUUCAAAACUGAUUUGUUACCCGCUUUACGCAACAACUUCUUCUACCUUUAAAUACAGGAGGGCACAAAUGAGCGCUCCUUUUCGCUUCUCUAAUGCUCUUUCUUAUUGCCAUAAAUAUACUAGGGCUCCUCCCAUACACCUUUACACCCACAACACAGCUUUCUCUCAACAUAGGCUUUGCCGUUCCCCUAUGACUGGCCACAGUCCUAAUUGGUCUGCGAAAUCAACCAACCGUAGCCCUAGGCCAUCUUCUACCAGAAGGGACUCCCGCUCCUCUAAUCCCCGUCCUAAUUAUCAUCGAAACAAUCAGCCUAUUUAUUCGACCAUUAGCAUUAGGUGUACGACUGACAGCUAACCUCACAGCCGGACAUUUGCUUAUUCAGCUUAUCUCCACCGCUACAUUUGUACUCCUUCCCAUAAUACCAACAGUGGCAAUCUUCACAGUUACCCUGCUCUUCCUACUUACUCUUUUAGAAGUAGCAGUUGCUAUAAUUCAAGCAUACGUAUUUGUACUCCUCCUAAGCCUAUACCUACAAGAAAACGUCUAA